CGGCUCGCUAACGACAAGCUAAUUUCUAUUCAGUGUCAGGUCACAGCUUAUUAGCAUGAAAAAUAUGUUAGCCAUCAUCUCUAACGUGCUGUGUAGGAUCACUGGAAAGAAUGUGGGGGCCCAAACAGUGUCUGAGUUGCUGAUUGACCUGUCGGCGUACGUCAAUGUAACUACACCACCUGCAAUCGCAACAGCACAGCAGCAACCACCUAAACCACCACCACCAGGUACUAGAGUGUUGGUUUCUCGAUCUUUCAUAGACUUCACUCCACAGGUGACCUUUGACAUCAAGAAAUGUGAUUUACAUAGACUGGAGGAGGGUCCUCCAGUGAAGGCGGAGUUGACACGGGAACGGGGUUUUCAGUACUAUCGCACCAUGCAGAUAGUGAGACGCAUGGAGCUCAAAGCUGACCAGCUAUACAAACAGAAGAUCAUCAGAGGCUUUUGUCACCUAUAUGAUGGACAGGAAGCAUGUGCCAUUGGCAUCGAGGCAGCAAUCAAACCCUCUGAUCAUCUGAUCACUGCCUACCGCGCCCAUGGAUACACAUACACCCGUGGCAUAUCAAUCAAAGGGAUCCUCGCUGAGCUCACAGGUCGUCGAGGUGGUGUAGUCAAAGGGAAGGGAGGGUCCAUGCAUAUGUAUGCACCGCAUUUUUACGGUGGAAACGGUAUAGUGGGCGCACAGGUUCCUUUGGGUGCAGGUAUUGCUCUGGCUUGCCAGUACAAUAACACUGAUCAAGUUUGUGUCACACUCUAUGGAGAUGGAGCGGCCAAUCAAGGUCAGCUCUUUGAGACGUUUAACAUGGCUGCCCUGUGGAAGCUGCCCUGUAUCUUUGUGUGUGAGAACAACAGAUAUGGCAUGGGUACAUCUGUGGACAGGGCUGCAGCAAGUACAGACUACUACAAGAGAGGAGACUUCAUACCAGGAAUCAGAGUGGAUGGAAUGGAUGUACUCUGUGUCAGGGAAGCAACCAAAUUCGCUGUCGACCACUGCAGAGCUGGAAAGGGUCCCAUUUUGAUGGAGCUGCAGACGUACCGUUACCAUGGACACAGCAUGAGUGACCCAGGGAUCAGCUAUCGCACUCGUGAGGAGAUCCAGGAGGUGCGCACUAAGAAUGACCCCAUCUCUAUGCUGAAAGAGCGCAUGCUCAACAGCAACAUGGCAUCUGCAGAGGAGUUUAAGGAAAUUGACGUGGCGAUUCGGAAGGAAGUCGAGGAGGCUGCACAGUUUGCUACAUCUGAUCCAGAGCCGCCACUGGAGGAUCUAUGCAACCACAUUUUCUCCAACAACCAGCCGCUGGAGGUCCGUGGGACACACCCAUGGGCCCAACUGCAGUCUGUCAGCUAGAUACUCAAAAACUGCCAAAUGUUAUAUACACAUUCAAAGGUUGACUCAUCACAAAGAGCCUCAUUCCACGACACCAAGACCGUGACAUUUUAAGAAACUCUCACAAACCUUCAACGUCCCUGUCUGGCUCUCAUCAGCAUUCUGCACUUUUGGGCAUGCAGCUUUGUGACAGAAGAUGUCAGCAUUAUAUAUUUAGUCUUUUAUAUGUUUACAAAGUUUAAUUUGUAUUAAUGUUUGUCAGCAUUGAACUAUUAUCACUAUACAUCGAUGCCAGAAAUUAUUAAAAAUGUCUGUUGGUUGAGGAGGGUAACUGUACAGGACCUGUGAAGCAUCCUUGGGGUGAGUUAUUGUGAUUUAGUGCUCAAAAAAUGGGAAAAGCUAUUCUGCAUUUUUUUUGCCAGAUAACUACCUAUUUGAUUAUAUUUUUUUUAAUUUGUAUUUUGUUUUGGAUUUUAAGCUUUCACAAGUUCGGGGGCAGGAGCAGAGUUUACCAAAAACAUAUUCAAGAUGCACUUUAUUGCUUAGUUCAAACUAAUUACAGGAAGAUGUUAGAGGUAGAAAAUGCUCCUCAAAGUGAAAUGAGGAAAGUCCAAUUUAGCAGAGGUGCGUAGUGAGAAGACUGAGCAGUGUUGCCUUAUGCUUUAUGGCCAUUUUAGGAAAGUUUGUAUAAUUCUCUGGCUGCUACAUGUAAUGACGCUCCAAACGUUCAAGAGUAGUUUCUAUACUGGAACAGUUUGUGAAAAUCAGUGGGGAAAAUGGUCAGCUGGAGUUACAUCCAUCUUGUGCAUUCAAUUUAAAUCGUAAAAUGUGCUGUUAAUCGCCAUAAAUGUGUACAGAUGUAAAACUUGAAUAUUUAGGUGCACGUUAAGAUGUGAACAGAAAUGUAUGAUUAAUUUUGUUUUCUGUUGUAAAAUGCAUAUUAAAAAACGAAUUUACAAUUGCUUAUA